AUGACCUCGGACAGCGUGGGCACAUGCCUGGGCAACCGUAUGCAUGACAAUCGCUACUUUACGCCCUCCGGGAAGUUGGACGCUGGCUGCGGUGGCUUUGGGGGGACGGUCAACAAAACGCCAAGUGAUGAUGCCAUCCUUGAAGAGGCCAGAAAGAAGCUUGGGAUGACGAGGAUGCGCCUCCGAGUCCUCGAUCAAGGGGAAGCGGUGCACAAGGCUGGCAGCGCAUUUGCGGGUGUUGGCGAAAGGAGGAGAAACUGCCUACAUCUUGUCGCAGUCAUCGCGUCCGAUCCGCGCUACCGGCCCACGGCUUCGGCAGAGGAGGCCCUCCAGCGGCUGCAGGAACUGGAGAGGGAGCGCCGGCGCUUGGCUGCUGAUUUGGUCGCGCAGCGGACGCUGCGUGCCUCGCUGCUGGCGCCGGGAACCUUGUUGACCCAUGUUUCCAAUUCGUCUGCGUUGCAGGCAUCGAGCGUUGGUCAACUGCACCUGUCACUUCAGUCUGCACCUCUUCUGGAAACGGUGAACUGGUUGCUGCAAGCGGUGCAUGAGCAGCGCGCUUCAUUGGGCAAGCUCAGCAUCGAGAUAGAGUCGAUCCAGGCGUCUGCAAAGUCACACGGAGGCCCGGGCGCAGGACUUGUAGCAGAGAUCGCAGCGGACUACACCAAAGACGUGAUUGAGAAAGUGCAGAGUCGAGCUGCCUCGGAGGUCGAUGUGGAGGAGCUCCCGAACGUGCCGCCCGAAGCAGGAGGCACGUUAGAGGCUGCGCCGGAGCUGCCGGAGUCGCAGGCCGUCGAUGAGCCUGAUGCUGCUCUUGGCGCUGCUGCUGAUCUGCAGGCCAUCAUUUCCCAAGAGCUCGCGCGACUGGAGGCAGAGUUGAAGAUUCAGUUCACCCAGCAGCUCGAAGAGACAUGCCGCGCUGUUGUAGCAGAAGCCUUGGCGCCGAAUGCAAACGAAGUCUCCAUGAACCAGGAGCAGAACAACGCUUCUGAGGCUGCCGUUCUGGAGGCCGUGGAGGCCGAGGCGAAGGCGGCGGAUGCCGAGAUGACAGCGGAGCUCACACCCACGUCGGAGAAGUCCACGCUCCAGGAGCUCAAAGAGCAGGUCUCUGCCCUCGAAACAGCAGUGGCAGAGCUGAGGCGGCCUGCGACCGCGGAGGAUCCUCACUCCGGCGAUACCGUGGCUCAGCCAGAGACCGGAGCUGCAGCUGUGGCACCAGCAGCACCGCAGUUGGAGGUGCGCGUGGGAAGCAUGGAGGCCAAGGUGCGGGACUUGGCCGCUGCAGUGGAGACCUUGUCUGACGGCUUGGCCAUUCUGGAGGGACCCCCUGCGCCAGGGGAGGCUCCCACGAUUCCGCGGCCGGCGUCCAGGUCCGCAGAGAUUUUCGGGCGGCUGGACUCCUUGGAGGCACGCAUGUCGGCCUUGGAGCAGCGCAAAGGCAGCAAAGCCGAAGGCGAGGGUGUCGCUCCGACGGCGGACCCGACGGAAGCGGGGACGGGCAUGGGCUCCGCCACAGAAGCCGAGUCCGAAGCAAGCGGGCUUGCGAUGGGGCCUGAAGCUGAAGAAAGCGAGCGCGAGCGCUUUGCGCCAGAAGUGCCGGAGCUCACCGGUGAGGAACAGGCAACGGGGUGCCUUGAAUGGAAUGGGGAGCCUGGAGACUGGGACGAGAAACUGACAUUCUUGGGCGACCAUGUGCAUGCUGCAGCACCAGAGCACGCAGAGCUGCUGAGUGGAAUCGUCAAAGAUGUGAAGUAUUGUCUGAAGAGAUGCGAGCUCCUGUUCCAGCUUCCUGAGAUCAAAGGCUUCAUCAAGCGUUUCCAGGAAUCGCUCCAUGUCAACGCCGUCCUGCAAGAUCGUUGGCUCGGCCCGGGUGGGCGCAGCCGAGGUUUCUUCGACGAUGAAAAUCUGUUCGAGGGCUCUUCCCGGAUACGGCCCUCGAGCUCCGCAGUCGACCUGUCCCUUUCCAACCUUUCUACGGACCCUAUCACCCGGGUGCGCCGGAACGAGGCUCCCAACAAGCGCCCCUUCCGCACGGUGACGGACUGGGCACGUCCCCACACGCCCCUUACAGUGGACCCAGUGCUGAAGACCUCCACCCCAAGCCUGCCAGACAUACUUCCACCCAAGUAG